CCAUGAGAAGUGCACAUGACGGUGAGAGAAACUCCCAUUUCUGUGCCACCCUCCGCCUCCUCGCGCACUGCAGCAUUUAGUGUCUAUACUGCGUCGUGUUACACAUUUUCACGGCGUCCGCGCGCUGCCACAAUCGUGACAAGCCACGGGAUGCGCUUUUCGACGGCGGUGCGCGCGCUGCCGCUGCUGCUGCUCCUGUGCGCGAGCUGUUGGCUCGCGGCGGCAGACUGGGAGCUCACGAUUCUACACACCAACGACGUGCACGCACGCGUAGAGGAGACCAACAAGGACUCGGGAAAGUGCACGAAGGGCGGCUGUUAUGCCGGUGUCGCACGUCGUUUCACGAAAAUCCAAGAGAUCCGCAGCCAGAAGAAGCCAUUGCUCCUGCUGGACGCCGGCGAUCAGUUCCAGGGCACCGUGUGGUUCAACUACUAUAAAGGCAGCGAGGCGGCGCACUUCAUGAACAGACUGGGCUACGAUGCCAUGGCUCUAGGAAACCACGAGUUCGACAAUGGAGUGGAUGGACUCAAGCCCUUCUUGCAGGCUGUGAACUGCACCGUGCUCAGCGCAAACAUCAAGGCUGUUGAACCUGUUGCAUCACAGAUUAGCGGAUAUUAUUCUGCUUCUACAGUUCUAAAGGUCGGCACCGAGUCUGUCGGUAUAGUAGGAUACACAUCCAGAGAGACGCCAUCUUUGUCAAUGCCAGGGCCGUACAUGCAGUUUGAGGAGGAGGUCGCUGCCCUACAGCUGGAGGUAGACAAACUUAUCACUACUAGUGGCGUUAACAAGAUCAUCGCGCUCGGCCAUUCCGGAUUCGAAACGGACAAGGAGAUCGCUAAAAGGGUCCGUGGCGUGGACGUGGUGGUCGGAGGACACAGCAACACUUUUUUAUACACAGGGGAUCACCCUUCCUCCGAGGUACCAGCAGGACCCUACCCCUUUAUGGUACAGUCCGAUGACGGUCGCCAGGUGCCAGUGGUCCAAGCCUACGCGUUUGGGAAAUACCUCGGCUACCUCAAAGUGACUUUUGAUUCUGACGGAAAGGUUGUAAAAGCCGACGGAAAUCCAAUCUUGCUGAAUAGCAACAUAGCUGAAGAUCCCAGCAUUAAGGCAGAAGUAGACGCCUGGAAGGGGAAGUUGGCCAAUUACUCGGCUCAGUUUGUAGGGAAGACCCUGGUCUACCUUAACGGGACGUUUGAAGAGUGUCGAUUUCGUGAAUGCAACCUGGGAAACUUGAUCUGUGACGCCAUGGUUCAUCACAACAUCAAAUAUCCAGACGAGCUCCAGUGGAACCAUGUUAGUGCCUGUAUUUUAAACGGAGGAGGAAUUCGAGGCCCCAUUGAUGAACGUAGCAGAAACGGUAGCAUCACCAUGGAGGAUGUGCUCUCCGUGCUGCCGUUCGGCGGGACGUUCGAUCUGGUUAUGUUGAAAGGCUCGACGUUGCUGCAGGCCUUCGAGCACAGCGUCCGCAGAUACGGAGGAAACACCGGGGAGUUCCUACAGGUCUCAGGCUUUCAGAUAGAGUAUGACCUAAGUAAGCCCUCUGGUGAGCGAGUGAAGAAGGUGAGCGUGUUGUGUACUGAGUGUCGAGUGCCGCACUACGAGCCCCUGGACACUAAAAAAGCCUACAGGGUCGUCAUGCCGUCGUAUCUAGUGGACGGAGGAGACGGUUUUUCGAUGAUCAAGGAGGAGAAGCUGAAACAUGACAGCGGUGACCUGGACAUGUCCGUCUUUGCUGGCUACAUCACUGAGAGGCAGAGGGUCCAUCCGUCCGUGGAGGGACGAAUCCGUCUCUUUAAUUCUGUUGCUGGAAUCUUAACCCGGUCGAAUGCUUUACUCGUCAUCAUGCUGGUCUGGGUCUCGCUUCUCAGCUUAUGAGCUCAGUCCAGAACGUCUGCUGUGUUUCAGAUCAGAGUCUCGUUUAUUUUUAUUCGAUGUUUGAUAACGUUGUGAUAUUUUAUCGAGAUUUGCUUUACACGAGUGUUAAAAGAAAUUUGUCUAGGAUUUUUUCUGGUAGUUUGUUUGAAAAACAAACACUUUUAAUUUAAAUUUCCGAUCGGUCGUAUCUCCGUGUCCGAAGUCACGGAUUACCAUCUCGAUAGAGUAGAAAAUCGCAAUCAGUGAGGGCAAAGUUUAAUUUGUUUCUUAGCAAGGUCAAAAGUCAUGGAACAUUGUCUAUAGGUUCAAUACAGUAAUAAUAAUAAUUAAUUAAUUACAAGUACUCAUACUUUGCCCUUUUAAUUUAGUUCCCGUUUACGUUCAUGUGCCUCGUAACUAAGUUAGAAAUCGUAACAUGAGCUACACGAUAAUCAGAAGUUGUUACCGACUGAAUGUACUGCUACCCACGUGGUUAGAUUUUAAUAUAAAUCUGUCUUCGAUAGAUGACUAUGCAAUAAAAAAAAGGUUCAUCUCAGAGAGUCAGUGCCAUGAAGGAACCCGAGUGAAGACGGACGAGGUCGUGUUUCAGUAAAGCGCGGUUCUCAGGGAGACAGAACAAAAGGAGCUUUGUGGCUGUCGCUGUUUGUACUGCGUUGACCUUGAGCUUGCUGCUCUUUUCUUUAUUCGCCCCCUGUGUAUCACUCUAGCUGUGUUUGGGGACCUUGAAUAAAAAAGGGCAGAGUUUCACUCGAUCCAUUUUAGCAUUCUGUGUAUAGUCUUUUACUUUGGUUUCUUAUUAUCUUCCUGUAAAAGCAGAGCUAUUUUUAAGCCCCGGUGGAAGCGCUGCCUAUACUGUAAUACACAACUCUGCCAUUUCAUUUGCAAUGGAAAUGAAGCCAUGAAAUUAUUCGUCCCCGGUUCCAUAGAGCAUAGCUGCAUGCCCUUAUAAUAGUGGAGGUUUAGUAUGAAUUUUUUGAUCUUAUCCGAGUCUUUCAUGCACAUUUGGUUAAAGGCCGAAGGUGAAGCGCUUAUAAUGCUUCAUCCAUGCAGCUAGUAACGGAGCCAAAGAUAAAGACGCCGAGACGUACGUGAAAACUGUUAGACUUGAUCAGAAUUUCUUUCUCCACAGGCUUUAUUUUAAUAGUAAUUCCUUUAUUCUAAUACAAUUUUUUGCAGCUUUUUCCAAACUACAGCUCAUACCCACAUGUGGUGUCAUUUAAUUCACUACAUUCUGUCAUAUCAGAGAGAUGUUAUGAGCUCUUAGUGUUUUGUAAUCCCUGCAUUACUGUUCUAUCGAUGCUUCCACCACCAUGUUUCAUACCUGAUGCACUUUUCCCCCUCAUUUGUUCAUAAACAUCAGAAUCUGAAAUGUAUUGCAGGUGAACUUUUACAGACACGAGACAGACAUGUAGAAAUAUCUGUUGUUGUUUUUUUUUCAGAUUUUGCUUUAUUAAAACCUGUCUGUGUUCAGUAUGGUUUUUGUUUUGUUUAAAGUGGAUACAGAGACGUUAUUAAAGCAAAUUCUAGA